AGCUAUUUAGCACAAGCCGUAAGCUCGCAGUGGAGGGGCUGGCUGCAUUUUUCAGAGCCCUCGGGGGACUGCACGGAUGGGCCAAAUGGGCUGCACGGGCAGCAGCAGAUCCGCUCCAGGACACCAUUCGUGGCAGACGGAGCUGGCGUUCACCGACGUGAUUGCCAGUAGUGGAAGUUUGCCCCAGGGCAAGACUCCGCGCAGGGCACAGCGAACCCGCAGUGCUUACUCGGCCGAGCCGGCGCGGGGAAAGCAUGGCUCUGCCGACCCCUGCCCGCGCCGGCACUCGUGCCCGGCUGUGGCGACGGAGGACGUCCGCUUCUGCGCCUGGCACCUGGAGCACGCCACGCUUCGCGGGCUGCUUCAGUCGCACUCAGGGCCUCUCUGCGUCGUUGUUGAGCCAGGAAGCUGCACUCCGUUCUCCAUCUCGGAGGCGGGCGCGGUGUCGAUGCCGAGCAUCCCCGAGGAGGGGGCGCUGGCGUGGUGCGCGGACAGGAGCUUCGAGACGAGGCGGGAAUGCAGGAGGGAGCUGGCCAAGAUCUGGCGCCAGCACUCCCCGGGGGAGACGGUGGACCUGCCGCCUCUUGGCGACGCAAUCGGCAAGGCCGAAUGGCGCCAGGCGUUGCACACGGAGGCGCAGGCGCCCGAGGAGGAGGAGGAGGAGGAGGAGGCGGCGGAGGCGUGCCAGCAGGCCAGGCGGUCGACGUCGGCGUCGAGCACGGAGUCGAGCAGGCAGCGAUCGCUGCUCUGCCGUGCCCGGCAGCUGCUGCCGGGAGCCACGGCCGAAGCCAGGGGCAGGAGCGCGGCCAAGCCCUGCCGCAGGCGCGUGCUGCCAGCAGAGCCCGCGGGCCAGGCGCUCGGGGAGCGCCGCGGCCCCCGCGGCACCCGGUGCAGCCAGGGCGCCCUGAGGCGCGAGGGCGCCAGGGGCGGCGGCCAGCCUGAGAGGGGCAGGAAGCCACGGUGA